AAUGACCUUUUGAUUGGUGCUUAUCUAUUGCUAACUACUACACCAUGCCGGUAUAUUCUAUCAGUCAUGUCGAGAACGUGAGAGUCUGUGUUGUCAUGGUCGGAUUGCCUGCUCGAGGUAAAUCGUUAAUACUGCAAAAAAUUGUCCGUUACUUGUCGUGGUUGCUGAUAAAACUGAAGUGUUUUAAUGUCGGUAACUAUCGCCGACAAAUUGCUACUAUGCCCAUAGAAGUCGAUGCCAAGUUUUUCGAUCCCAACAACGAGGAAGGGUUGAAGUAUCGUCAGCAGGCCAUUGAUUUGGCGAUUGAUGAUAUGAUGAGGUGGUUCAGUGACGAGCAAGGGGUGGUUGGAAUUUUAGAUGCUACGAAUUCCACGCGGGCCAGACGGGAAACUAUUUUGAAAUUGUGUCGGGAAAAUUACAUUGAACCCAUGUUUUUGGAGAGCUUUUGCGAUGACCAGGAUUUGGUCUUGCAGAACAUUUUGGAUGUAAAGACAACCAGUCCUGACUAUGUCAGCAAGCCCCAGGACUAUGCCAUGAAGGAUUUCUUGCAGCGAAUCGAGUACUACAACCAAAUUUAUGAACCAAUGGAUGCCGUGACUGAUUCCGAACUAACCUUUAUCAAACUUGUCAAUGUAAACAGUCAGAUUAUUCUCAACAGAAUUGAAAGCUAUUUGGAAAGUAGAAUUGUUUAUUAUGUCAUGAACUUGCAUAUUAAGCCAAGAUGUAUUUGGUUAUCAAGACACGGGGAAUCCGAAUUUAAUGUCACAGGACAGAUCGGCGGGGAUUCAAACCUAUCUACUCGAGGGUGGAGAUAUGCCAAGAAAUUACCCGAGCUCGUACUUAAAUCCUUGGGUCCCGAUGCUCAACAUACAAAUCUUACGGUGUGGACAUCAACAUUGAAACGUACUCAACAAACUGCAUCCUUCUUACCCUAUAAGAAAAAGCUCCAAUGGAAAGCUCUUGACGAAUUGGAUGCCGGUGAAUGUGAUGGUAUGACGUACGAGGAGAUUGAACAGAAAUUUCCCGAGGAUUUCAAAGCCAGAGAUGACGACAAGUAUGAAUAUAGAUACCGUGGAGGAGAGCUGUAUCGAGAUAUAGUCAUUCGUUUAGAACCAAUCAUUAUGGAAUUGGAACGACAAGAAAAUAUCUUGAUUAUAACCCAUCAAGCUGUGCUUCGAUGUUUAUAUGCUUAUUUUAUGAAUGUUCCUCAACACGAAAGUCCUUGGAUGAGUAUUCCUUUACAUACAUUGAUUAAAUUAGAACCAAGAGCUUAUUCUACCCUUGUUUCGAGAAUUAAGGCCGAUAUUCCUGCUGUCAGUACCUAUAAGGAGAAAGGUACUUCCCAAUUGGGUGAAAGUGUUGAGGGUAUGAGUCUGAAGAGUAGAGACUUGAUUAGUGCUAGUGCUGAGCUGUAGUCACGGCAAAGGCACGAGCAAACCAGGGCGGGCGGGGCGCUGUGGCGUAGCGACUAUUUUUUGGGGUCGAGCUGCGCUUGAUUACCGCGCAUACAGUAUUACCACGAGCAUGUUCCAGUGUAUAUUAUUUUUAUAGCGAUGCAUAUACAAUAUUCGUAAACUAUCACCUAUUUGAAUAAACAUAAAUCUUAG